AUGGUCCUGAUGUUGGAUGACGUCCAACAGGACCAGAUGUAUGAUGUAGAAACAAUGCCAGAUUAUGAGCCCUUCCCACACAUCCCGGUGGUGGAGGUGUCAGAUGAUGAGGGGAUGCAGCUGAAGUUUCACAGAAAGGAAGGCAUAGAGAUGGCACAUAUGGCUGAGGAGGUAACCAGGCAUACAGCUGAGAUGGCCAUUGAAGGAUACUCCAUCAAACUCUCACUGGGCAAUCAAGAACUGCUGGAGGGGCCUAAAGUCGAGCUGCCAGUGCCACAAGAAGAGAAGAGUGAAGUGGAGCACAAUAAAAUUACAGACAACCACAGCUUCCCUUGGCAACAGCCGUCCAAUCCCCCACACGCCCCCACCGACGGCUCCCCGUAUGUGAAUGCUCAUGGACAUUUUCUUUCGGUGCCACUAAAAAUUAACGCUAUUAUUCAAUUAGGAAUAGAAACGAAGAGCAUCUUGCUGAAGAGAAACAGAAGGGAGGAAGAAGAUACUGGGGAUGACUGUGGUGGGAGCUCUAGCCUCAGUCUUCAUCCGGCUGUCAACAUAGAGGAUGUUGACUCAGACCAUGAGAGAAAAGGGGAAGGAGAAGCAGGAGAAGGAGGGGAUGGAAGAGGAGGGGAGGUCCCCCAAAUCCUCACUCCACAAGACCCCAAGCUGACAACCCUCACUGUCCCUGUGACCCCUUCAGGAGGUCGUCAAAGUAAAGGAGAUAAAGAGAGUGGAAGGAGUCAUAGGACUGUCUGGACAAAGAUCAGUGGCAAACUUCACUCUCAAAGUGAAGAUGAUGAUGAUGAAAGAAGCUCCCCUAUCAGGGCCUGGGCCAGCCAGUCCAGCCUGCACAGCCCAGAUGAUGUUCUCAAAGAACGUCCAGGAUCUUCAGCCAGUCAAACCAGUACUGUGGUGAACGAGCGUCUUCAGGAGCUGGUCAGAAUGUUUAAAGAGCGAACGGAGAAGGCCAAAGAGAAACUCAUUGAUCCUGAUAGUUCCGAUGAAGACAGCAUCAUCCCAUCUCCUCAGCCUGCUGCUGGAGCUCAGCCAGUGUGUGGGGAAGAGGCGGUGGCACAAGAAGGUCCAUCAGGAGGAGGAGGAGUGGAGAGUGAGGUGGAGGAGAAGCAGUGUAGUCGUUGCUGCAAGAUGAAAACUCCUCAUUGGAUACAAGCCUGUCUGCACUACUGCUUCCCCGCCAGCAUCGACCCCUUCACCAACCUAAUGUAUGUGCUGUGGUUGCUUUUGGUGUCUGUGGCAUGGAACUGGAAUUUGUGGUUCAUCCCGGUGCGCUCUACCUUCCCCUACCAGACUCCAGAAAAUAUUUAUUAUUGGCUGCUUAUCGACUACCUUUGUGACUUUAUUUACAUCCUGGACAUCACUGUCUUCCAGCCACGGCUGCAGUUUAUUUGUGGAGGGGACAUAGUGACUGACAAAAAAGAGACAAGAAAGAAUUACACGACAAACAAAAACUUCAAAUUUGAUAUUGCCAGCCUUGUUCCCCUGGAACUCUUCUAUUUUAAAACUGGCAUCAACCCUCUGCUUCGCUUACCCAGGCUGCUGAAGGUCCACUCCUUCUUUGAGUUCAAUGAUCGUCUAGAAGCCAUCUUGGCCAAAGCCUACAUCUACAGGGUGAUCCGUACCACCACCUAUCUUCUGUUCUGUCUCCACUGUAAUGCCUGUAUCUUCUACUGGUAUUCUGCCUGGAAAGGGCUGGGAUCUACCACAUGGGUGUAUGAUGGUGAGGGCAACAGUUACAUUCGCUGUUACAUCUAUGCUGUGAGGUCCAUAAUCACCAUUGGGGGUGUGCCACAGCCCACCACCCUAUCUGAGAGGAUCUUCCAACUCAUCAACUACUUUGUUGGAGUCUUUGUCUUCUCUAUCAUGAUUGGGCAAAUGCGUGAUGUGGUGGGUGCAGCUACAGCAGGUCAGACCUACUAUCGCAGUUGCGUGGACAACACUAUUAAAUACAUGUCCUCCUAUCGAAUCUCCAAAGACGUCCAGAAUCGGGUCAAAACCUGGUACAGCUACACCUGGCAAUCUCAAGGCAUGCUGGAUGAGCAGGAGCUGCUGUCUCAGUUGCCAGAUAAAAUGCGUCUGGACAUAGCUAUAGAUGUGAACUAUUCCAUUGUCAGCAAAGUCCCUCUUUUUCAGGGUUGUGACAGACAGAUGAUCUUUGACAUGCUAAAAAGCCUGCGCUCUGUUGUCUACCUUCCAGGGGACUAUGUCUGCAAAAAGGAUGAGGUGGGUCGGGAGAUGUACAUCAUAAAAGCAGGGGAGGUGCAGGUGGUUGGCGGGCCAGAUGGAAAAACUGUGUUUGUUACUCUGAGAGCAGGAUCAGUCUUUGGAGAGAUCAGCUUGCUUGCAGUUGGUGGGGGUAACAGGCGCACCGCAAAUGUGAUUGCUCAUGGCUUUGCCAACCUCUUCAUCCUGGACAAAAAAGACCUGAAUGAAAUCUUGGUCCACUAUCCAGAGUCUAAGAAACUACUCCGCAGGAAGGCCAGGAAGUUGCUUAACAAAGGAAAGAAACCUGAGCCCAAAGAAGAGGCUAAGGAACCCCCUCAGGUCCCGAUGGCCCCUGUCAGGGCAGAGACUCCCAAAUUACUGAGAGCUGCGCUAGAGAUGACAGAGAAGUCUUCUGGACUUAAAGGAAUUAUGGCUACAAUCAAAGAGAAGACCAGCAAAUCCAACAUCUCAUCACAGCCAUCCAUCUCCUCCUCCCUUCCUGCUGCAUCUCCUGUCUCCAGCUCUGGAACCGAUGGAGACAUGGACACCCCGCGUCACUCAUCUCUGCCAGGCCUACAGCGUUUUGAGCUGCUUCCCAUUGCCACACCAAAUGCUCAGUGACACCUUGCUCUGUAUCACAGUACCAGGGUGAUGGAGGAAACACUUGCCAUGACCAAUGAAAGGAAGGUGUCAGUGAAGGUGAAGAGGAAAGAAAAGAAGUUGUGAUAGUUUGAAGGCAAAUGAGGGAAGGAGAGUGGCUGGAGAAGGUAAGAAGGAAGUGUAGGGGAUUGAGGAAGGUGGAGACAUGAUAUACAGUGGGGCAAAUAAGUAUUUGAUACACUGCCGAUUUUUCAAGUU